AUGGCGAGGGCCAUGCGUCCAACACUGCCUUGGCUGCGAAACCUUCCAUGGGCACGAGGAAUCCUCAGCCGCGCGUCGGACACGCCGACGUUGCGUCUCAUGACUUUGGAGCAGAAGAUGCAUUAUGAGUUGAACGGCUGGGUCAGGGUGCCGGCUGUGUUCUCGCGAGAAGACGUGACAGGCAUCAGCGCGUCGCUAGACGACAUCUCCAAGUGGCCGGAGGACUCCAAGCGGUGGAUGCAUCGUUUGGAGGCCGAUGAGGGCGGGGCAAAGGAUGUUGGCGAGAACGGAGAAUGUUGUGCAGAGAAGAUCAACUGCAAUGUACUUGAGCUGCCCCUUGUACAAGAAGACAUUUCGGCCCACUACAAGUCCGGGCGGCCAUGGCUGACCUCAUCGGUUCGCUUCCGCGUGAGGCACAUGGCUCACACGAGGCUUGUGCGCUCCCCACUCAUAGCCCUCGCGCCAGAGACCCCGCAUGAUGAGAUCCAGAUAUGCCAAGCCAUGGCAAUGGCCCGUUUGGCUUCGAUGGUGAGCCAGGCGCUUGCGUAUGAUUUCCAGUAUUUCUUGCCGCAAGAGUUCUUGCUUGAUCUUCCUUUGAGACAGGGCAGCUUUGCAGCGGAAGUCAUUUCGUAUGUGAUGUCAGCAAAUGUCCCAGAUGUGCACCACAAAAAAGUGGAGUCGGGAUUCUUCAUCAACAUCUACGCAGACUCCGACUUCAAUUCUGAAGCCUUUCGAUCUCGUCGCGAUGUCUGCACACGAGUGCCAGUGGGUGGCAACCCUCACCAGUCACCCCACAUGUGCGAGCAUCCAGGAUCGAGGGCGCCCCGAGCUGAGAUCCUAGAGCCUGAUGGCAGCUCUGAUGCAGGCCGCUUCAGGCUCACUGCGGAGUUUCAGUUCCGUGUGCCUGGCAAACUCCACAUCGAAUCGGUCGCGUGCCUCAUUUGGUGCAUCACUGAUACAGUGUGUGACGAUGAGGUCGACAUCACUGGUGUUAUCAUGGUGAGUAGCCUCGUGCAGGUGAGAAAUGAAGGAGGCGCAUUGAAGCUGCUGCCCCACACGGACACGUCCUGGAUCUCGGGUCCCGAUGUUCAUGGUUGUCACCCGGACUGGCUGGUACGCCUCUUUGCAGACCAGCACGAUCUUCGCGACGGAAUCCGCAAAGUGGUUGAUGCAUACGUAAUGCAGAACCUCCAGUCGGAGUUAACCCUUCAGCAGACCUUGCCCAUUCACAGCGCGUUGAAUUUGACAUACAAGUUGGAGCAUCUCCAGUUUGUGUACUCGCAGGUGCCUGCAAAUGAAAGCUUCGUCGCGGUGCAUGCGAGUUGCACAGUCCAUGCAAGAGCAAGAAAUGGCUCCACACAGGCCUUCCCUGAUUCCGAUGCUCCGUGGACGGGGCAUCACAACACGCUUCCGCUAGGUGAGAGUUGGAAUCGAGUUGAAGGACAUGGCCCCAAGCAGUUGGUUCUGCUUGGUGGAGCUCGCUUCAGCCAGGAGCUGCUAUCUGCCCUCGCCCAAGGCAUGCAUUAUGCCGGUCUGCUUUACUCAGAAAACUCCAGCCGCGUGAAGGACGCCACCCUCUACUCCACUAUUGACAUGGCCCGUCCAGAGGUGGACAUCUCAAGUGCGGGAGCCGGAGUCAUCAUGCGACAGAGCUCCUUGCAUCUCAAGCUCGACUGCUUGGACGCGACGGCGGCCAAAGUGUCGAACUUUAGCUUGCUGAACGCCACCUUCUGCAAUGUCAAAGAGCAGAUCUCUGUCUCAGCCUACGUGCCCAACGACCAUACAGCUGGGAUCGUUCUCCAGGUGUCGAACGUGACGAUGGGAAGUGCCAACGUGACUUCUUUCCACUCAGACGCUUUCAUGGGAUCUGCAAGUGAGUUGAAGUCGCUGGCCCAACAGGCCAUCCAGAACAGCCUCCCUCUCCUGAAUGACCGGCUGAACCACACUCCACUUGUGUUUUGUGCUGGUGGAUCCUCCGCCUGUUCCUUGGUGCCCUUCGCCCCUCGUCCUGCAGUCAGAACCAUUCCACCUCAAGGCAAAGCUUGGGCAGGGUACGUGCAGGUGUCCUGGCACUGCCAGUGCACCACUUCCGGCUUCUACCAGCCUUGCAUGGGCUUUCAAUGUCCGCAGCUUGGGGUCUCAAACGAGCACGCGCUCGCUGUCCGGCAGCUCCAGCUCCGGCAGCAGCAGACAAAAUGGCGUGCCGCGGCCACAGACAUCAGCCAGCAGGUCUCAGGCACGCCUGCCACAGCGUGGAUGAGUGUGUUCCGCAACAAAGACUGUGCUUUCACGCCAGACCAAACCAUCAGCUUCACAAAAGCGCUCGAUGGCCACUGUAUGGCGAGCAACUUGCCAUCCCUGGCCCCGGCAUUCAAGCUUGUCGACCGAGAUCGUGGCUGGUAUCUGCUUUCCGGCUGCAGGGACGACUGCUCGAGCUGCAAGUUCGAGGAUCGGAUUCCAGUUCGGAGAUGUGUUUACAUUCAAUCUCUCGGCACACACGUCGUCCUCUCGUCCUCGAGCGAUGGCUGUUGGCGGCCUGAAGCCCUUCGCCGAGCACUCAUCUUCACGGCGCAGGAAAGCAGUACUGCAGCCUUCAUGCAAGCGACAAGACUGGGCCAGGAGUGCAGCCCCUGUGGUGUCUCGGGAGAUUUGCGUUGCCUGGUGAAGCUCAAUGCCAGCCUGCUGUGCUCAGACUGCCGGGCAACGUCUUGCGCCUUGCCGCACGUGACGUUUGGCCAGUACAGCGUGCCUGAGACACCCAUUGGCAAGCGCAGCGGGUACAUCAAAGUGGCCCUUGCCACCCCCGAACUUCUCCCCAUGCUGCGUGCAUGCAGCCCCGGCAACGACGAUCCGCGUGCCGAUGGCAUGGAUCCGUCUCUGAAGUUUGGGAUCACCUUGGCUUUGGUUGCAGUGGCUUGCUGCUUGUGCUGUCUUCCGAUAUCUACACGGCUGAAGCGCAUUGCUUCCUUUGCAUGCCGUCUCCGAGUGUGGGUCCGGCUGCGUCAUGUGCAGCAGCUCCACGAGGAGCGGUAUUUCCACUUCAGUCUUGUCCUGGGAGCUGCUCUCCUGGCAAUAAAUGGAGCUGUGUGGAUGUUGUGCAAUCCAAUGGCAGGCCAGCUGAACCACAUCACCCAGACAAUGGACACGAGCAAUUUCGACCUUGCUGCCGCAUCUUACAUCGUAGAAACAUCAGCUUGGAGGGGCCUCGUGGUAUUCAUCGGAUCGGCCCUUGUUCUAGCAAGCCUCUUGCUAGUGCGAGUCUUGUGGCAUGUGCAGAUUUCCAUGGGCACCUCUCCGCCACGCGCUCUUGAACGGCAGGAUUAUGGUGGCUUUGCCUCGGCUGCAUACGGUUGGAAAGCAACGACAGUCUUCUGUUUGGCAGAAGGAAGUGCGGCUGUUGCGCUGCUGGCUUUCACGUUCUGGCAGGAAAGCUUUUCCACGUCUUUCGAGAAGCAGCGCCAGCAAGCCAGUGACCUCGGCUUUCUGUCUGGUACCGUGGCUUCAACAGCGUCGGCAGUGUUUUGCAUUCGUGUGACCCUGAGCUGGAUUGCACCAUUCCUGCUCAACAUGCGCACGUCCACCAGUGCAAUCCUCUUUGGGGCGUCGUGUUGCAAGGCAUCCGGUGCAUCGGAUGACUCAGGUUUCAACGCUACUGUUCUCGGUAUUCUGCUGACGCAGGAGACGGCAUCCCUGAUUUUGUCAAUCGCCUACUUUCAUUCUGGAUUUGCUCCGGCCACUUUGCUGUGGCCCCUUGUCCGCAACGUCUGGUUGGCCAUCUGCAGCGGCCUUGCGAACGGUUUGUGGCUGUGCUUGCUGACUUCUUCAUGGGCCUGUUUGCGAUCAUGGUGCCUGCUAUUCGCCGGUUGCUUGGUCACCCUGCAGAUCCUGCUGAUCGGCUUCAUGACUGGGCUGCUGGGGGAUCCGAGCUCACUGCCGUUCCUGCUGUGUUCCAUGCUGGCGGCUGCAUGCUUGUCCUUCGCAGCAGUGAUGCUCUUCGCCAGCGCCAAGCCGAAGGCGGUGGACGUGCUUCGUUCACCGGCAACUGCAGCGGAGUCUCCAGGCAACGAAGCUUGUCUAAGCUUCAGUAAGUUUCACAGAGUAGCGAGCCGUGCGGCUUCGCAGCCUGACUGCUUUUCAGUUACGAUGCUCUUUGUCAGGUGCAUGCUUGAGCAGACUGAAGCCGCAUCACCACGCUUCGGGGCACGCAUCAAGUGGCGGCGGAUCUGUGCGGUGCUGGGCUGCGUUGGCCUGCUAUUCGACCUACUGCGAACCUUGGAGCACAAUUUCAGCCACACAGCCUGGGAUGACCUGAACAGCCUCAUCGCGUCGAUGGUUGGUUCAGAUGCUAUGGUUGCCCAUGACAAGGGCUCUGUGCUUGCUCCACUGGUCAGCAGAUACGCUGCAGCGAGAGGCGUGCGUGCCGGUUGCAGCGCCGUGGGCGCUUCCUGCUUCGCCCUUGCCACGAUCCUGGAUGUGUUGGGCGCAAGCCUCGCGCUGCGAUACCCAUCAGUCUCAGCUUCCACGUUCCUCGGACUCUCCAGGCGACUCGGAUUCCUCGGCAGUGCUGCAUAUGCGGUGGGCAUCCUGGUCUUCAACCUCCCGGAUUAUGUCGGCUUGCUGGACUUCGGGAGGCUUCAGCGCUGUGGCAGCGAGUUCUGCUCCGCUGUCGCCUCGUCAAUGAAGACUGCGAUAGGGGCAGGGCUCCUUGCAAAGGCCAGCUUGGAGUUUUUGCCCUUACUCGUCUGCCUGGCUUGGACGCUCUUCCGGAUUGGCUUCUUCCUCUCCCUGGAUCGUCGCAAUGCAGAGGCGGUGAAUGCCCUGAUGUGGGCGACCCUCAGCUGCAUGAUGCGGCUGUCACCUGUAGCAGGGACCGCUGCUUACAUCGCAUGCCCUGGCACCGCUGUCAUCGGCUGGUUCACGGCAUUCCUGCUGCUACCAACCCUCCUCUUGGGAGGCAUUAUGAAGUUCGAGCUUACCUGCCUGGCGUGGUACUUCCUGUGGGGCUGGGUCCUCUACCUCGUCCCGCUUCUCGUCAUGGCGUCCUAUGCCCUUGGAAUGGACUUCUGCACCCUGCUGGACCACCUGCGGGAGUACUUGCAGAAGCAUUGGCCCAUCUUCUUGGCGGAGUUCACGCUCUCUGACGUCGUCAUCUCAGACCUCUUCUUUGUGUUCAUCUUCAAAGGGGGGGAGUAG